UAGAGUUCUGUACUGCAACAGUGACUUCCUGCGCAGACAUGAUAACGAUGCAACUUCCACCUUUGGCGGCCAUCUUGCUGCUUCUGGGAGUGACAGAUCUCGCUCUGGGAUUUUCGGGCCGUGCAUUUGAAAGAGCCAAAGAAGUGGACGAGAAAUGCAGAAAUGAAAACCAAGUGGAGAAAGGCUACUUCGAAAAAUUCAUUAAGGCGCGUAUAGACGAAGUCGACCCCCCUGACAAUUACAAGUGCUUUAUUAAAUGCAUUAUGGUGGAACUACUGUCUCUCAACGACCACGGAGAAUUUAACAUUGACGAAGAGCUGCAGAAUGUGCCGCCAGAGAUUAUGGAAGAAGGACAUCGCAUAAUUAAGACUUGCCAUGAUACACCCGGAAAGGAUGCCUGUGACAAGGCCUACCAGGUGCACAAAUGCUAUCACAGAGAAAAUCCAGAGCUGUAUUCGCUUGUGUUGCAUUACUGGGAAAACGCAUCCCAAAAAUGACGGAAACGCAAACAGGAGCCGGCUGCAAUAACAGAUGACGUCAUGCAAGUACGAGAAGGUGAUAGGAGUUCAUUAACGCUUGUUUCUAAAUCCUCAAGAUAAAUCUGAAGCAAAACUUUCAGGGCCCUACACACAGUCGCUCUCUUCUGCACAUCGGCGAAAGCGAGAGGCCAGUCUACACGUCGGACACAUGGGGUUGUGGAUCCAGCAUUUAGAACUGUAUAACCCAACAGAUGAAGCACUUAAUAAAGCACAUAUUCGCAGGGUCAA